AAUUCUUUCCCGUUUCUUGGUUUAAUUUAGUUUUCACGCAACCUGUCCAUCACUAUAAUAAUACAAAAAUAUACAAAAGAAGGGGUCCAACUUUCCAUAAUGCUUGUGGUACAGUCGAAGGAAAAAAAUCCUGUAGUACAUCGCUUUAGUCGGCCACUUCACCUAUAGUUCAAAAAACCUUGCGUUCUCGGAGAUUCUGAAAAUGUACACCUCAGUUCAGGGCAGAGGAGGCAUUUCAUCAGAAACCGAAGAUGUCAUUAAUAACUGAGCAAGAGCCCGAGUUUGGGCGGUGUUGAAAGUAGGCGAUAUAGACAGAGAGAGACGGUAAGAGACACCGAGAUUCCAGCGAAAAUGGUUACGAGCGUGAUGAAGGACGAGAACACGGAGUGCAGGUUCCACGUGUCGUUUAAUUCGGCAAAAGCAGAAGAUGUACAAAGUGGCUGAAGAAGAUUUCAAUUAGGGAAGAUGCUGACUGAAAUUGUGAAAAAGGCACUGACAGAUCUACAUUUGAACAUCGUGGAAAUGAUAGAUGAAUCUGCCACCCUAGAUGGAGGAGAUGUUCUGUUUACAGGUCGAGAGUUCUUUGUGGGCCUGUCUAAAAGGACAAAUCAACGUGGAGCUGAAAUCCUUGCAGAUGCAUUUAAGGACUAUGCAGUUUCAACAGUCCCCAUUUAUGAUGCUUUGCACCUAAAGUCGUUCUGCAGCAUGGCUGGUCCGGGACUCUUAGUGAUUGGCUCCAGUGACGGAGCACAGAAAGCUUUGAAGGUCAUACAGCAAAUGAGUGAUCAUCGAUAUGACAAGUUGACCAUUCCUGACGAUGCGGCUGCAAACUGCAUUUAUUUGAAUAUUCCAAACAAAGGACACGUCUUGCUGCAUUCCACACCAGAGGAAUACCCAGAAAGCUCAAAGGUGUUUGAGAGAUUGAAGGACCACAUGCUGAUCCCGGUGCCCCUUACACAGAUGGCAAAAGUCGACGGUUCUCUGUCUUGCUGCUCGAUUCUUGUCAACAAACGGCGUGAGAUGUGAAAGGAAUGAAGAUAAAUAACCUGGAAACUGGCAAUAAUAUCCAAAUGGUGGUACUUGAGCCCCAACCUAAGCAGCUCACCCCUGUGCUUUCAUGUCCCCCUGUCACAGUGCUAAGAAUUCCAAUGUCCAGCCUUUCCAAUCAAGUGGUCUUCUCCUGGCUUUCUGGAAUAUGAAUUAUGUUUCUGGGUGCUCUUAUCAGUUUUCAGUAUCUCAUUAUGUCAGUGAAGGCUUUGAAGAGGGCUUUGUUGUGCAUUUCCAUGUGGUUGUGAAAAUGUCAGAAGAAAGUACAGGUUUCUCUUUAGUUUUUUUAUGUUAUUAAUAUGAGAAUAUGUCACACUUUCAAUUGAUUGUCUGCUCUAAAUGACUUAAAAUGAAAUAAGGCAAUUAAAAUCAUUUAGGCUGAAUGCUGUUGCUUGUGAACGUGCGGCCCACUUGGGUGUAGAUGGCUUUAUGCGUUUUCUUUUUCAUUUUUUUUUAUUCCGGUGGAAAUCAUAAGAUAUGUUAAGGCCAACAGCAGCUCAUUGAGCUAAGAAUUUCAGAGUUUUAAAAUAUGAAUCGCCCAUCUUUCUUUUCUAAGAUUCAAACAGCAGUACAGCUAGGAAAGAAAGUAUUGUAGGUUUUGACUUCUGCUUACUGCGGUGGGCUGGCGCCCUGCCCGGGGUUUGUUUUCUGCCUUGCGCCCUGUGUUGGCUGGGAUUGGCUCCAGCAGACCCCCGUCACCCUGUAGUUAGGAUAUAGUGGGUUGGAUGAUGGAUGGAUGGCUUCUGCUUAAAGACGAGCCAUCACUUUAUGAUUUGAGACUGCAUGGUGAAUACGCUGGAACGGUUGCCCCCAACAAUUUUGAUUAUAGAAUGAAAGGGGACUUCCAGCCGCUGAAGGGGAGCCAGAUGAAUUUCGAAUUGUUCCAAAACUCUUUAAUCAAAGAUGAAGUCUUUAGUCCUGGAGAUCCUUUACACCUCGGUGGCCCACUGCCAAACGUGCAGGGUGAUAUUUAGAGGAGGACGGCAGAACACCGACCCAGUAACGCUCAGGCUGAAAUACGCAAACGCCAUUGUCUGUUACAGAAUUUUAAGCCACUUUCAAGUUCUCGGCCGGAGCUCAGUGUGUUAUUUUGUUUACACUGACAUAUUACUUCAGUAACUGCUUGUAAUACAUAGAGAAGAAUACGUACAGUGCUGGAAAAAGCCUGUCGAGUGCAAUGUCCUCCCAUCUGUAUCUGAACUCCAUAGGCUGUUACAGGGCUGUCAUGGGGCACACCAAAGUGCACGCAUGGCCACUCUGGCUCCCACAACCAAACUGAUCUCGCACAACAAAUAUAGUGCCAAGAACAAUCUUUGGGUUUAAUUUGUUCAUGUUGACCUCGUUGUGAAGGUCACUGACAUGUUAGGCCACACAAUUCAGAUCAUUCUAGAUGGUUCACAGAGGUUUUUCACCACAGCAUGUAGUCAGCAAAAGACGUUUUCACAAAUUUGGCAACCCUGUCUUUUUUGAUAAUCCUGUAGAAGAC